AUGAGCUCAUCCCACCGCUCGGCGAGCAGCUCGCUCAGUCCGCAGCCAGACAAUGUCAUCGUCGUACGGGACCAACACCACUUCCUCGAGCCACAGCCGCCCUUCGACUACCAUUCUUUAACGGGCGAACGCACAAUCUGCAUCGAUCCCGGAUCGUACACGUGGCGUGCGGGCUUCAGUGGCAUGGACGUGCCAUACAUCCACAGACCGAAUGUUGUUGCACGAUACCGCGAGCGCAAGAAUGGGCGGAACAUGAUGCUGUUUGGACACGAUGUUGAGAUUGAUGCCAACUCGCGCUCAAAUGGCAAGAGCAUGUUUGAUGGCGACUUGCUGGUACAUUCCGACCUCCUUGAGGCAGCGCUCGACUACAGCUUCCUCACGCUCGGGAUAGACACGCCAAAAAUCGAACAGCCGAUUGUCAUGACUGAGCGUCUGGCUAACCCCCUCUUCACACGAGCAAUGACGUCGGAGCUCCUUUUCGAACUGUACAACGCGCCUGCAGUGACGUACGGCAUUGACUCGCUGUUUGCCUUCUCGCGGCAUGGGCACAAGGACGGCCUGUCCGUCCACCUCGGAAACAGCGCCAGCACCGUCGUCCCCGUUGUCGAUGGGCGAGGUGACAUCUCCAGAGCGAAGCGGAUACCAUUCGGCGGGCAACAGGCGUCGGAGCUCAUGCAGAAGCUCGCACAGCUCAAGUACCCCUCAUUCCCACUCAAGGUCACGCCAUCACAGUUCACCUUCAUGUUCCAGGAGACGUGCUAUUUCUCGUCCGACUACGAGUCGGAGCUGCGCUCGCUCGAGGACCCGGCCAACAUGGCUGCCAUGACCAAGGUCAUGCAGUUCCCUUACCACAAGCCGGACGUCGUCGAGAAGACGGAGGAGGAGAUUGCAGCGCAGCUGGAGCGACGGAAAGCGCAAGGCCAGCGGCUGCAGGAGAUGCAGGCCAAGCUGAGCGCCGAGAAGCUCGCGGCCAAGGUCGCAGAGCUCGACGAGUACAAAGCGCUCCUGGCUGAGAAGGGAAAUAUGAAGAAGGCCGACUUCCAGAAACGCAUCUCGGACACGACCAACUUUGAGACCGAGGCCGAGCUCGAGUCGUGGAUGAAGCGCACAGAACAGGACAUCCGGCGCAAGCAGCGGCGCGCGAUGGGCGAGGAGCCCGAGCCGGAAGAGGAGCCGACUUUCCCGCUUGUUGACCGACCAGACGAGGAGCUCACAGAGGAGGAGAUCAAGGACAAGCGGAGGCAAAGGCUCAUGAAGGCGGGUUGGGAGGCGCGUGUCAAGAUUCGCGAGGAGAAGCAGAGGGAGAAGGAGCGCCUGGAAGAAAUUCAGAGGCUAGAUGACGAGGAGCGGGUCAACAAUCUGGCCGCAUGGUCGGCCAAGCUGCGCCUGGAGCAGGAGGAGGUGAUUGAACGGCUGGGGGAUCGGAAGAAGCGGAAAGCGCAGCUCGGCGACCGGAAGAGUGCUGCGGCGCAGAACCGGAUGAAGUCAAUCGCGUCGUUGGCAGCAGAUACGAACGGGGGGAAGAAGCGCAAGAAGGGCGAGGAGGAAAGGGACGACGGGUUUGGGCGCGACGACUCGGACUGGGCCGUCUACCGCGAGAUCCAGGUUGACGAGGACUCGGAGGCGGAGGAGGACGAUCUGGCGACACUCGAGGCGCUCGAGGCCAAGCUGCUCAAGUUUGACCCUAAUUUCACAGAGGACGACACGCUUGAGGGCAAGGUGCGAGCGAAGAAUGCGCUCCUCAAUGCCUUCGUCAGAGGCGGCAAUGGAGGAAAAUAUGACCCCGAAGACGUCAAGCAGUCAUACCAGAUCCACCUGAAUGUCGAGCGCAUCCGCGUUCCCGAGACGUGGUUCCAGCCGAGCUUGUUUGGGAUCGACAGCGCUGGCGUCGGUGAGGUGGCUGGCUGGCUCCUCAACGGGUUCGAGGACGAUGUGCGCUCGCGCCUCAUGCAGUGCAUCGUCGUGUCUGGCGGAUGCUCGCAGCUUCCCAACGUCGUCCAGCGCAUGCGUAACACGCUCACGCCGCUCCUGCCAUUCCGGCAACCACUCAAGAUUCUUGGGUCGGUUGAUGCGGACCCUGCGCUUGAGGCGUGGCGCGGCAUGGCGGCGUGGGCUGGUACGGAGGAGGCGAGGGCGGCACGUAUUACGCGUGCAGAGUACGACGAGCACGGCGCCGAGUGGCUCAAGGAACACGCAUGGGGUAAUGUUGCGCUGUGA